AUGUCGACCCAAGUUACUGCUCCUGGAGAAGAAGAGUGGUAUCGGGUUUACAACCCUGAGCUUGACACAGCUGCUUUCGAUCCUCUUGACCCAGAAAAAAGAUACCACGAAGGUGUACUCGUUGAAACCAACCCUGGCUAUGGGAAAGGAACUUUGUUCCACGUUACAGGGGAUAUUAUUGCUGCCAGUGGCAUGCGCUACGAGGAGCGAGAGUUCGAUCGAGAGAUGGAAUCGGAAUAUCUACACAGCUUCCCACAAAUUGGAAGGGUUUUACGGACCGAUUUUCACUCUGGAAAAAUCAGCGCCAUUUUAAAAGAACUGCCACGACCAACCAAGCAGCAAGGUAUUAAUUUUUGGGAAGUUGAUCCUACCACCGGGCGCCAUGAGAUCAUCCGGACUAGACAGGACGGGCAACGCUACGGACCUGACGAGCAACGGCGCCCUAUUUUCAAGUGUAAUGAGUGGACUCGUCAAUACGCAAUUCCGGCCUUGCGAGGGGCUGGAGUCUUGCUCGAUUCUCUUUAG